UGUAAGACAGGUGGUUUCGGCGUGUCGUGCGGGGCACCUCUGGCCACAGAAGAUGCCAGGAUGAUGCCUCUCACACGCCUGGCUGGGACGCUGAUCCCAGCCAUGGCUUUCUUCUCCUUUCUGAGAUCGGAGCGGUGGGAUCCUUGUGUGCAGGUGGUUCCUAAUAUCACAUACCAAUGCAUGGAGAAGAAUCUCUACAGAAUCCCUGACAACAUUCCUAAAUCAACUGAGAAUUUGGACCUGAGCUUUAAUCCGCUGAAGCAUUUAAGUAGUCAUAGCUUCUCCAACUUCCCAGAACUGCAGGUGCUGGAUUUAAGCAGGUGUGAAAUUGACAUAAUUGAAGAUGAUGCCUAUCAAGGCUUAAACCACCUUUCAACCUUGAUAUUGACAGGAAACCCCAUGCAGACUUUAGCCCCUGGAGCCUUUUCGGGUCUAUCAAACUUAAAGAAGCUGGUGGCUGUGGAGAUCAACCUAUCAUCUCUCGAGGAUUUUCCCAUUAGUCAUAUCAGAAGCUUGAAGGACUUGAAUGUGGCUCAUAAUUUCAUCCAUUCCUUCAAAUUGCCUGAUUAUUUUUCUAACUUACCCAACCUGGAGAACUUGGACCUUUCCAAUAACAAGAUCCAAAAUAUUUAUCAUAAAGACUUAGAAGUUCUACAUCACGUACCUCUACCCAAACUCUCUAUAGAUUUGUCUAUGAACCCUUUAGACUUUAUAGAACCAGAUACCUUUAAAGAGAUUAAACUCCGUGAAUUGAUUUUCAGAAGUAGUUUUAGGAAUAACAAUAUAAUGAAAAGCGGCAUUCGAGGUCUGGCUGGUAUAAAAAUUGAUAGAUUGGUUCUGGGAGAAUUUAGAAAUAUAAGGAUGUUGGAUAUUUUAGAAAUAUCUACACUGGAGGGGUUGUGCAACUUAACCAUUGGGGAAGUUCGAAUUGUACAAUUGAGAGAAUUCCCAAGGAAUACUACUUAUAUAUUUAAUUGUUUUGUAAAUGCUUCUGCCAUAGCUUUAGUGAGUUUGGAUUUAACUGAACUAAAAACAUUUCCUAAAGAUUUCAGGUGGCAGCAAUUAGAAUUUGUUCAGUGUGAUUUUGAAGAAUUUCCCAUAUUAAGGCUCACAUCUCUCAGAAAGUUAGUUUUCAUUCUCAAUAGAGGUAAGAUGAUGUUUACUGAUGUUGAGCUACCAAACCUUGAAUAUCUAGAUAUCAGUCAAAAUGGCAUCAGUUUCAAGCAUUGCUGUUCUCAUAAACAAUUUCGGACAACCAGACUGAAGCAUUUAGAUAUGAGCUCCAAUGGCAUUAUUUCCAUGAAUUCAAAUUUCGUGGGCUUAGAGCAACUAGACUAUCUUGAUUUCCAUUAUUCUACUUUGAAACAGACCAAUGAGUUCCCAAUAUUUUUAUCACUCAAGAGUCUCACUUACCUUGAUAUUUCUCAUACUCAAACCCACAUUGUCUUUCAUGGUAUCUUUGAUGGGCUAAUAAGCCUCCGAACAUUAAAAAUGGCUGGUAAUUCUUUUCAAAACAACUUCCUUCCUAAUAUUUUCAUGGAACUGGGUAACUUGACCUCUUUGGACCUUUCUAGAUGUCAACUGGAACAAGUGUCCUCAACGGCAUUUGACUCACUGCCUAGACUUCAGUUGCUAAAUAUGAGUCACAACAACCUCAAGGAACUUGACAUACUUCCUUAUGAAUCUCUUAGCUACCUCCAGGUUCUAGAUUACAGUUUUAAUCGCAUGGUGACCUCCAAAGUACAAAAAUCACAUCAUCUUCCAAAUAAUCUCACUUCCUUAAAUCUCGUUCAAAACAACUUUGUUUGUGUUUGCGAACACAAGAAUUUCCUUCAGUGGAUCAAGGACCAGGAGAAACUCUUGGUGAAUACUGAUCAAAUGCUGUGCAUGUCACCUUUAAAUAUGCAGGGCAUGCCUGUGCUAAAUUUCAAAAAGGAAACCUGUCAGAUGAGCAAUGUUGUCAUUAGUCUAUUGGUUCUCACUGUACUUGCUGUAGCCGUGGUUUUACUUCUUAUCUAUAGGUUCUAUUUCCACCUGAUGCUUCUUGCUGGCUGCAAAAGAUAUGUCAGAGGUGAAAGUGUUUAUGAUGCCUUUGUUAUCUAUUCAAGCCAGGAUGAGGACUGGGUGAGGAAUGAAUUGGUGAAGAAUUUGGAGGAAGGGGUGCCCCGAUUUCAACUCUGCCUUCACUACCGAGACUUUAUACCUGGUGUGGCCAUUGCUGCCAACAUCAUCCAGGAAGGUUUCCAUAAAAGCCGGAAAGUUAUUGUUGUGGUGUCUCAGCACUUCAUCCAGAGCCGAUGGUGUAUCUUUGAGUAUGAAAUAGCCCAGACCUGGCAAUUUCUGAGCAGCCACCGUGCUGGCAUCAUCUUCAUUGUCCUUCAGAAACUAGAGAAGUCUCUGCUCAGGCAGCAGGUUGAGCUGUAUCGUCUUCUUAGCAGGAAUACGUAUCUUGAGUGGGAGGACAGUGUAUUGGGGCGCCACAUCUUCUGGAGAAGACUCAGGAAAGCUCUCCUUGAUGGUAAAACUUGGGUUCCAGAAGGAACAGAGGAUGCAGAAGACAGCCAGCAUGAAGCCGAAGACCCCACCUAAAGAGACAAAGCUACCAAGAUGCUUCUUUAUCCAGUUGGACCAUAUAUUUGUUUCAGUAACAACUAGUGCUAAAGGCAGGGGAUUCAAUGGUGCCCAGGAUACACAGACUGUUAAUCCAAUGGAGUUUGCAGGAAUGAAGAAAUGAUCAACAUGCUAAACUGAAGACCUUGCAGAUAGCUGUUUCAACCAACUCAGUCAAGGAGUUCAUUACAGGAAAGAUCAACUCCAUUCUUAACACAUCAAAUGGAAUUAGAACUAAGAGACUAGUCUUAGAAGACAGAGGAAGACAUAAUUUUAUAUAUCCAAGUGGAAACUACUCCUAUUUGUGUUAUUAACCAUCUAAAAGAUGUUUUAGUAGUUUCAACCAAGUUGGAUAGUUACUUAAUUUUUGUUUCUCUUUUGAAUACAAUUUAAAUUCCAGGUGACGACUCACAAACCUGAUUCAGAACUCUAUCCAGUUAACCACAAUUUCCUUAACAGAGAUUCAAGUCUUAAACCUAACUUAACUAACCUAAAGUAUACCUAAGGACAAAAAUGUUACCAAAUGACUAGGGUCUUCUGGAAUAUCUGUUAAUUAUAUUUUCUUAUUCACAAGCACCCUUGUCAUUUUAUAGCAUGCUUUAGUUACUAA